AUGCUGACUUGCCCAACAGCCCCGUUCGUGGCCUGUCGUCCCUCGCAGAGCGUCGACGAGUUGGACAUGACGCAGUUCGCCUGGGUCGACCCGGCGCUUUGCGACAUCCUUCUGCACCGCCUGCGACGUGCGACGUUGCGACGCGUCGUUUUCUCCCUGGGCGCAUUCGCGCACCACUCCUUCUGGUGCCCUGACGCCAUCCGACGGUGCCAAAUGGCCGCCAAGUACAGCCCGCAGGUCGAAUCCACGGUGCUUGCGCGAUUCCCCGCGCACGCGCACCAUCUGGGCGGCAGCGACCGCCUGCUGCUGAACCUGCUGUACGGCAAGUCGCACCCGCGGCCCAUGGACGUCCUCGUGCACGCCACGUGGCUGGAGAAGCUGCUGACGUGUCACGGGAAGCACGUGGAGGAGCUGGUGGUGGACUGCGACGCGGCCGUGAAGAUAUGGCCGCUGGAGGACCCCGUCAUGGAGAUGGCGAUGGUGGCGCGCCUGUGCCCCAGCCUGCGCCGCUACUCCGCGCGCUCGCUGUACCACCGCAGCAUCGGGGGCAGCGGCCCGGGCUCGCCGUGGCAUGCGGCGCAGCAGCCGCUGCUGCUGCUGCAGAGCUGCCCGCAGCUCUCCUCGCUGUCGUCCCGCCUCGUGCUCACCGAUGAAAGUCUGCCCGCACUGCUCUCGUCACAGCGCCCGUAUGCGCUGCAGGAGGCGAGUGUGCACGUGGCGCUGGCAGGCGACGCGCAGGGGGAGGGCGCUGCUGCCCGCGCGGACGCGGAUGAGGGCGAGUGGCGCGCGGCAACUGCCAGGCGCUUGCAGCACCUGGCGGCGCUGCUGCCAGCGCUGCACACGGUGCACCUGUCCUACGCCACCGCCUCCUGUGUGCCCUUCGCUGCCGCGCUCCUCACGCACCUGCCCAGGCUGCAGAGUGUGACGAUAGCCAACGACCCCUCGUUCCUCAUGCGCCGCACCAUGGAGUAUCUGCUGCACCACGGCCCUGCCGCCACCGCUGCCUCCGCCCCGCCCUCGCACCUGCCACACCUCUUCCAGUCGCUGCCUCCUUCCGUGGCCUGCCUCAACCUGCUCUCCGUGCCGCACUGCGACUUCGAUGCCGUUUUCGGCCCCACUGAGCAUUCGCUGACUCAUCUUCCGUGCACUCUGACUCAUCUUGAUGUGUCCUUUGUUGAUUGGCCAAGGCGGUCUCUGUCAGAGGAGCAGCAGGCAGCAGUGAGAAGGGCGCUGGCAGCAACAGGGAGUGGUGGGCCACUGGCAAGCUGCAGGGUGAGGGGGUCGGCAGGGCUGCAGCUGAAGGAGGACUCACUGCUCUUCUCCGUCACCAUUCCAUAA